UGCUUAGCUCAGUUCAGUUGCGAAUUUCAUACAACACGAGUCGGUUGCCUCCGAGCGGCGUUCUACUGGCGAAUAGUCGAAAAUACGAGUCAAACAAAACUCCACUUCGAUUCCGCAACAGAGCACGCCAAAAAAUUAACGACAAAAAAAAGAAGUUUCGCGAUUAGGCGGAAAUUGGUCAAGCAAAUAAGUUUUCAAGUGUGUGUGCUCGCGAAAGUGGCUUAAUUUCCUCAAAUUGGGAGUGUGCCAAAAUAAGUGUUCAAAAUGAUUGAGAGGCGCAGUCAACUGGAUAAGAUAAUCAUCACCGCCAUGGACCGAUUUGUUUGGUUUGUCCUCCUGGUGGUCAUGUCGCAUCUGGUCACCGAAUUCACCCGCGUCUCCGGAUACGCAAGAGGCCAGCGUCACGAGAUCGUGCUGCUGAACGAUACGCUGCUGCAGCCGAUGCCCGUCCAGAACAUGGUCCUCUAUCCCAGCCAGGACUACGGGCAGUAUCAGCAACGACCCUCCUCCUCCGCGGGCUCCAUGAGCAGCCUGCAGCAGAAUGCAGCCAUGCUGCUGAGCAGCUUGGCGGCCGGAAUGAGCCCGGCAAAUGGAGCAACUGCAGCGGGAUCUGCUGUUCCCGGCAGCAACGCGGCCAUUUUGGCCCUGGGCGAUAGCCAACCGGCUCAUACGGCCGAGAACACAUACCCGGUGUUCAGUUUGCGACCCCUGAUCGACAGCAUUUUCGAGAUUCCGAUUUCGACGUUGCGCGCUGUCAACAAUCUGGUGGGUCGACUGACCGGAGGAUAUCGCCAGGCCCCGACGGAAAUGUCGCAGAAAUCCGUGGCAGCAGGAACGGCGCUGCCUUCCGGCAGACAAAGUCCCACUCUACAUGCCCAUCCCAAUACCCAUCAUAUGCGCGAGGAGAUGGCGUAAUUUAAGGCCCCAUUUUAGUCAGUACUCUGCGUGAAUGUUGUAAUUCCUGUCAAUGUAUGUUUCGAGUGAGUUUUCGUGUGCAUUUGUACCUUUGUGAUAUAUGUGACCUUGUUGUAAGUCUAGACAUAGGAUAUUUAUGUCCACCCACAAAAAAAUCCCAAAAAAAUAAGAUUAAAGAAUACAUGUAUUUCCUACAGAAAAGAAAACGUA